UGUUUAUUUGUAUGUAGUGAGGUUUUGAGCCGGCCAGCGGUGAGGGACUCAAGGAAAGUCGCAUAAUGGGGAAAAAAAAUAAAAAAGAUAAGAAGGGAAAGGGAGCUGAUAAAAACGCGGCCAAGAUGGAGAAAAAGGUCGCCAAACAUUCUCAGAAGGAGGAGGAAGAUCUAGAAACUCUAAUAGCAGAAUUCAGGCAACUUGAUGCAAAAAAGACGCAAAUCACAGAGGUGGCCUGUUCUCAUCCUUUGCCGCGAUUGAAUGCAUCAUUAUCACCUCACCCUGAGAAACAUGAAUUAAUCCUCUUUGGGGGUGAAUACUUCAAUGGCCAAAAGACUUUUCUGUACAAUGAACUAUAUUUUUACAACAUCAAGAAGAACUCGUGGACAAAACUGGAAAUCCCAAAUUCACCAGCUCCUCGAUCUGCCCAUCAGGCUGUGGUGGUUCCUCAAGAUGGUGGACAACUUUGGGUGUUUGGAGGAGAAUUUGCAUCUCCUAAUGGUGAACAAUUUUACCAUUACAAGGACCUUUGGGUGCUGUAUCUUGCAAGUAGAACAUGGGAACAAAUCAAGGCCACUGGUGGACCAUCAGGUAGAAGUGGACAUCGGAUGGUUGUUUGUAAGAGACAGAUCUUGGUGUUUGGUGGAUUCCAUGAGAGCACAAGGGACUUUGUUUAUUACAAUGAUCUUUAUUCCUUUAACUUGGACACAUUCACAUGGUCAAAGUUAUUUCCAUCUGGGACUGGUCCAUGCCCUCGCUCAGGUUGUCAAAUGGCUUGCACGACAGAUGGCAAUGUGGUGAUAUAUGGAGGUUAUUCAAAGCAGCGAGUAAAGAAAGAUGUAGAAAAGGGCAUUGUGUACUCUGAUAUGUUCCUCCUAAAAAAUGAAGGCAGAGAAGGUACAGAUAAAUGGGCCUGGGUUCGCAUUAACCCAACAGGACUGAAGCCAUCGCCACGAUCAGGAUUCUCUCUGGCUGUUGCCCCCAACAACCGUGCCAUUCUCUUUGGCGGUGUAUAUGAUGAAGAGGAGGAAGAAGACCUCCAAGGAGAAUUUUUUAAUGACAUUCAUAUUUAUGAUAUGGUGAAGAAUCGAUGGUUUGCUGUGAAGUUGAAGGGACACAAGGGGGAGAAAAAGAAACGAAGACGUGGAAGAAAAGAGGAAGAUGGAACAGAAGUGAAAAGUGAAAAGCAGGACUUACAGACUUCAAUGGAAAUAGUCAAAGAAAUUGUAACUGAAGAUGGUACUCUCAUGACUGUAAAACAGGUCAUAAAUAACCCUGAUGCCAAAGCAGAUACAGAAAGUGAAGAGGAAGAGGAGGAAAAGGAAGAUGGUGCUUCUGAAACUGGUCCUAUCAUUGAGCCACGUGCCCGGUCUAGUGCCAUGGCAGUUAUUAAAAAUGGUCUGUUUUACAUUUAUGGUGGGAUGUUUGAAGUGGGAGACAGACAAUUUACUUUAAAUGACCUUUAUUGCAUUGACCUGCACAAGAUGAAUGAAUGGAAGGUUCUGGUGGAAACUGAUCCAAAGACCCAGGAGUGGCUAGAUGAAGAUUCUGAGGAUGAGGAAGAGUGUGAAGGAGCUGCAGGAGGAGAAGAUGAGGAGGGGGAGGAGGAAGAGGAUGAUGAUGAGAGCAGUGAAGAAGACGACGACCAUCCUCCAGUCCAAUCAGAGGAACCUUAUUCAGAAUAUUUGUCACGUACAGAAUCAUACUGGAUUCAACUAGCCAAGGAUAAUAUGGGCCAAAAUGUCAAAGAGAAAAAAGCUUUGAAGAUGGCACAAGCAAUGGCAAAGGCAUUUUAUGACGAAAAUGUUUGAUGGUCAGAAUUAUGCAGAACUGAAUUCCUGUCAAUAAUCAUUUACUGCUGAAGUUUAUUGUCCAUUUAAUUUAUUUAAAUAUUUUAUCUUUCUACUUUGUAAUCUUCAAGUCAGUUUCAGACAGAUUCAGCAUUGUUACCAUUUCAGUAUGUUUUCUGAAUCUAAUGUUACAGCAAAGCCAUUAGCUUUACUUUUUCAGUAUCCCAUGGAUUUACAGUGAUUGUACUGCUUUUUCAAUGAGUUCAGUUUUAAAUAUAUCUUUGGGUUUUUCUAAAUUCUUCUUGGCAAAGUCAUGGUUAUUUGUGAUUAUCCCCUUCACUUUACUGUAAUAUAGAAGAAAAAUAAAAAUAAUUUUUCUUGACCAACAUUAAUUAUUUGCACAUGUAUUUCUGGCAUGAGACUUAAGUUUAAUAGUAAUCAUUAAAUGGAAAGCACUGUUUAUUUGGUUUUCACAUAGCAGUUUAAAAAAAUCAACGAGAAAAUUAACUUAAAUUGAAUUUCAGUCUUAGACUCAACCAAUAAAAUGUACAUGUUUUGAUUUGGG